UUGCUGCUGCACUUGCUGGGCUUGGUGUUGCAAGGGUGUACAAAUAACUAUCCUGAAUUGUUGCUUCAUACAGAACUUUAUUUUGAAUUCAAAGUCGCUAGAUAUAAUGACGGAGUGGAAAAUCACAGUCGCUAACAAAACGGGAGAAGAUUCAGCCUCUGGUGAGGGAAGUAUUGUGAAGUUUGCACUUUUCCAAGUACCAUCAGAAAAGGAUGAGACGAAUACCUAUCCUUGCGCUUGGGUUGUCGAUAAGGUUGCAUAUCCUGGGGAAAUUCAUGAUAUGACAUUACCCAAUGAAUUUGAGUUGGCAAUCGUAGAUGAAGUAAAUGGUAGCGAGCGAAUAACUGGCCCUUUUCCAGUUUCGUCUGGUAAAGAGGUUUACAUAACCCAAAAGAGUCGCGACGAUCCGCCGAGUCAUGAAAUAAAAGAGGGUAAAGCACUCGACGACAACACGGCGCCCAUGAUUCAGGUGUUUAACAACCAGGGUAACAUUCAGCCUCUCACAAUGGUUCUGUACAAGAAGCAGAAGAAAUUAAUAAUGUCGGAUAAAGUUCUUCCUGGAAGCUCCGUGAAUAUGAGCGUAAAACAACAGAUAAAUAUUCAUGACGCUGGCAACACUAAUGAUAUUAACGAAGGUGACUCGUUAAAAGACCAAGGCAUAGUUACAUCCUCCACUAUGUUCAAGUUAUUACCCUCAACUCCUAGGAUCACGAUAGAUGUACAUCGGGGACCAACUGGUCAACUUUCUUUUAACUUGAGCCCCUUGUGACUUAGUAAGGGUCUCAAUAAGCACUUUUAAGAGAAUACAUAAAAUGAGAUUUCCUGCCAUUUGAGGGGAGCAUUUUACUCCGAUUUUUGAACGACGUAAAUUUAUUGUUAAAUAUAUAUUUUCAACAAUAGUUUCUUUUCCCUAUUUUGGGGUCUUGAAAGUCUGGGCAAAUUGCCCUUUGGUCUCUCCUGUGGGCGCCCCUUAGCAAUAGUUAGGAUUUAGUCAAAUACCAUUCGAUAUCAAAAGUGAGUGCUUGUGUGUAGUCAGUAGUCUUGCUUGCUUCAAUAAAUUUACACAUAGUAAGUUUACAGUUGUUUGGAAAUCUUUUCACGUUCUGGUUUAGUUUACUAUAGUUUUCACUCGAUUGCUGCCGACAAGUGAUAGAUCGGUCAAAGACUAAAAGUGUUUCAUUAUAUCUCUUGGAUUAAUUUGCAUACUUCAGAAGGAAUCAAGAUAAACUUAACCACCACUGGUCACUGUAGUGACAGGUAGUGACUAAAUAGCUUUAAUUUGUGUUUGAAUGUGGUACUUCUACAUGUUUAUUAGCACAUUAGCAAGGAAAUGACCAUUUGAGUUACAAGAAUAGGUCCGCCAAGGGUACAUGUAUCUGCGCAUGCUUGCAUAAAUCAGUUUGUACCACUGAGCUAUA